GUUCCGAAGCUUCUUCUCCUGCUGAGCCUCCUCUUUUUUCUCAGCUCUCUCUCACACAUUGCUCACGCAGGUGAUGAUGGCAGCUACAAGCUGGUUCUGUCCAUUGGCUCUCAUCAGUCUCUGAGGACCAACAAGUCCGUCGUCUGUUCCGAGUCCAGAGCUCCUGCGGUUCACGCCACGGUGCCGUUGCAUCACCGUCACGGCCCAUGCUCGCCGUUGCCGAACAAGAAGAUGCCAACUUUGGAGGAGAGGCUCCACCGCGACAAGCUCCGAGCUGCCUACAUCCACCGGAAGCUCUCCCGCGGCAAGAAGCAGGGCGGCGGCGGCGCUGGUGGUGACGUCGUGGUCCAGCAAUCGCACGCCAUGACCGUGCCGACGACCCUGGGCACCUCCCUGGACACGCUGGAGUACGUGAUCACCGUACGCCUGGGCUCGCCGCCGGGCAAGUCCCAGACCAUGCUCAUCGACACCGGCAGCGACAUCUCAUGGGUGCGGUGCAAGCCGUGCUGGCAGCAGUGCCGCCCCCAGGUGGACCCACUCUUCGACCCCAGCUUGUCCAGCACCUACUCCCCGUUCUCCUGCAGCUCCGCCGCCUGCGCGCAGCUCUUCCAGGAAGGCAACGCCAAUGGCUGCUCCAGCUCUGGCCAGUGCCAGUACAUUGCCAUGUACGGCGACGGCUCGGUGGGCACGACGGGGACCUACAGCUCCGACACGCUGGCGCUGGGCUCCAACUCCAACACCGUCGUCGUCAGCAAGUUCCGGUUCGGGUGCAGCCACGCGGAGACGGGCAUCACCGGCCUGACCGCCGGGCUCAUGGGGCUCGGCGGCGGCGCGCAGUCGCUGGUGUCGCAGACGGCGGGGACGUUCGGCACGACGGCCUUCUCGUACUGCCUCCCGCCGACGCCGAGCUCCUCCGGGUUCCUCACGCUCGGCGCCGCCGGAACCUCAUCGGCGGGCUUCGUCAAGACGCCGAUGCUCAGGAGCAGCCAGGUCCCCGCGUUCUACGGCGUGCGCCUUGAGGCCAUCAGGGUGGGCGGGAGGCAGCUCAGCAUCCCCACCACGGUCUUCUCCGCCGGGAUGAUCAUGGACUCCGGCACGGUCGUCACGCGGCUGCCGCCGACGGCCUACUCGUCGCUGUCGUCGGCGUUCAAGGCCGGAAUGAAGCAGUACCCGCCGGCACCGUCAAGCGCUGGCGGCGGCUUCCUCGACACUUGCUUUGACAUGAGCGGCCAGUCCAGCGUCAGCAUGCCGACCGUCGCGCUAGUCUUCUCCGGGGCCGGGGGCGCCGUUGUCAACCUCGACGCCAGCGGGAUCUUGCUGCAGAUGGAGACCAGCAGCAUCUUCUGCCUCGCCUUCGUGGCCACCAGUGACGACGGCUCUACCGGCAUCAUCGGCAACGUGCAGCAGCGGACGUUCCAGGUGCUGUACGACGUCGCCGGUGGUGCCGUAGGAUUCAAGGCUGGGGCGUGCUAG